AAAAAAUUUAAAUACAUGAAAAUUAAAUCAAAUCAGCAAAGAAAUUAAUGCGUCAAACACCUCUGAAGCUGGCCCAACAUAUAAAAUAAAGUGUUUUUCAAUUAGUGUUGAUAAACUAUUUGUUUAAAAAAAUAUAUAAACAAUGUAUAUAACAACUAUUGUGCAAGCUUAAAGUGUUGUAAAGUUUUAUGUGAAAACUGCAAAUUUUAUUAGCAAUUUGUGAACUCCAUUGCGGACUCCAAUUGUCCGAUAAAUUGAACAAAUCAAAACUUGAGAAAAUGUCAAGUCUAGUGCUCUGCUGUUGUGAGGGUAGCGGCCGGCGAUUGAUGUUGCUGCUGCUGGUGUGCCUGCUCCUGAUGAUGUCCUGCCAUGCUGGGCGCAUCAAUCGCGCAGCCUUCAUGGACGGCGAUGUGCGCUCCGAGGUGGUGGAUCCCAAUAAUCGAACCAUUUGGGGCAUGUUCAAUCUGACCGAGGAGCAGGUGAAUCGCAUACGCAGCGGCAGCAAUCCCAGUGGCAAAGAUGAGACCACACAGGCCUCCAAGAGAAGUUUACUGGAUCAUUUGGCAAUGCAGCGGACCAACGAGAUACGCAAUCGCAUACAAAAUGCGGUAUCGAAGCCGGAUGGCAAUGAUAGCCAGGCUGCGCCCUUGCAAAAUAAGUCGACGCACGAGAAGGCCGGCUAUCCCAUAUGCAGCGGGGAGACGACUCCCUUCAACUGGAGGCAGUCCAGCAAUGUUACGCUACAAUUUGCCAGCAGCAUUUUUCAGCAGUAUGGCGAUAAUAAUCUCAAUCUGGACAGCGCCAUACUGCGUCUCUUCAAGAUGAAUCCCAAACAGUUAGAGCAGCCAGCUACAGCAGCAACAACACCAACAGCAGCAGCAGCAGCAGCAGCCAGGGAUACUGCCACAUUGUGCCGUGAAUCCUAUCUCGAGUCACAGAUACGCGUCACGGUGUCCAUUGUGCAUCAGCAGAAGAAGAAACGUAAGUUAGAACGCAAGAAGCGCACUUGCAACACAAUCAUGCUGAGCAGCACCAAGACCGGCUGGGUGGACAUCGAUGUCAAGUGUGCCCUCACUUACUGGUCACAGCAACAACAACAACAACAGCAGCAACAGCAACAACAACAGCAACAACAAAAUCUACAUUCACAUCCGCCUAUUGUUGUUGGCCUGCUUAUGAUUGAGGUGCACGAUGAUGAGGAGAAUCAACUGCUGCCCGGUCUCUACUUUCAGCCACCCACUUGCGAUCAGGCAGAUAUUGCAGUCCCAUGGUCCGUCUAUGGACCCGGGACGCCUUUGCCUAAUAUGGAAAACAGCACAUUGCCCAGUUGCCCAAGAUUAGAUGUCAAAUUUUUGGGUAAUGGACUGCUAAUGGACAAGAGCUUUGAUAACCAAACCAAUGGAAAGCUUGAAAGCCUAAAACAUCAGGUGCGCAAUCCAUCGCGGAGCAGGGAGCACUUUAACACCGAACCAACCACAUUAAAUUCACCCACAAUUGACAACAAUCUGGAGAACAGCGAGAUCGAUAGCCAGGAGUUGGAGCAAAUACAUCAUCAUCGCCGGCGUCACCAUCAUCAAACCGUAGACUGUGCGUCAAUAGAUGCUGAUGAAUCCUACCAGCAAUCGGAAUCGCAGCAUCACUUGCGAGCGCAUCAUAACCACCAUCAUCACCAUCAUCAUCAUCAGAAUAACCACAAUCAUCAUCACCAUCACAAGCAUCGCCAUGUUGUGCAGAACGAGGAGUAAAUUCUCAGCUCAAACACACACACACACACACACACAAGCACAUACAUACACACACGCACACAAUUAACAAUUCCAUUGCGCAUGCAUUCACCGAUUCAUGUCCUACAUGCUGGUCUUUAAUAGUUUAUUGUUUUUGUAUCUUUAGGGCCAGUUGACUUAAUUAGUUUUAGUUCAUGUCAUGCAUAUUUUUUUUGUAAUUAUUUUAUAAAUUUAUGUUAG